CUGUAGCUGAUUGCCUCUCUACCUCUCUCUCUCUCAACGUCCAUCUAUCUCUUCUUCCUGAUCAUCAACUAGCACCGCUCAAGGGCUGCAGAUCUCGCACGCGAAUAGCCACUAGUUAGCAUGACUUGACCCAAAAUGGCGCCUACGCAGCCAGAGCCGACCUAUACGGUUUUCGUUCGACUCCCGUUUCCUAGAGGUGACUUUGUCGAUCCUCCGCCCACAAAUUGGGAUUCGAGUAAAGAUGAAGUCCUUUGGAGCAUCGUAUCUCGUCCUUAUAAGACGGAAAUAGACUGGAAUGAUAUCGCAAACCAAUUCGGGGUAACGGUCGACUUCCUCCUCCAGCAGAUUACCUGGCUCAGCAAUCAUCGUACUUCCCAAAUUCAAACCCAGCUACGCAGGGCUGCUACAGCCUCUAAGGGUUCGGCACCGUCGCCUCAGCCCAGACCCGAUGGCAUGUUCUCGGCAGAACCUAUGCGACGCACUGGGUCCGGUGAUAGGUCGAUUCGAGCACCAUCAGCAUUGUCGAUCAGGAAGGACUCCCCUCUGCCGCGUAACGAUGGCAGUGUCCCUGGUACGCCAAUGAGAAGCACUCCACGACCAACCGUAACGCGCACGUCCUCGUCUAACACCGCCGUCCAUGCAACUCGCAACCUAGUUAGCAGCGGCAAAGCCUCCGUAAAGUCUAACGUUGAUCCCCAGCGCCGCCGUCUUUCAUCCCUCCCCAUCGCAACAUCUGUCGAUGACGAUAACGAUAAUGAAAACCAGAACACCGAACCGGCUUCCCCAGGGCCAACUGAGUCCAGCGACGACUCUAUAUCUUCUUCAUCCUCCUCAAGCCCCGCGCAGUCCAGAAUCAUCCGCCGGCCCCCACGGUUUCAAGGCAGCGAUGUUGCACCCUCCUCCUUCGCGGAUGACGAAGACGACGAAGACGAUGAUGGUGAACCGGCCUUCCUACCUUACCAGCCACAAGCAGACAGCAGCAGCGGCGCGCAACACGACCUCAGCGCCACGCUCCGCGGAAACCCCUCGCGCGACUACGUGAAGCGCCACGCUGCUGCGAAGGGGUCAACCCGUGUCCAUCGCUCGCAAACCUCGGACUCGUCUAGCUCCACAGCGCCGUCCGCACUUAGCGGUAGUCGGACGGGAGCGGGUGGUGGCCCUAUAUCGCCGCGAAGGACAACGGAAACUGCAGGACGCAGCCCUGGCGCGAAUGGUAGGGGGUACUCGAAGAAUAGUGAUAGCGGUACGCCAAGUAUAGGGAGCAGUUUUAGUGAUCUUGAUGAUACUUCGGUAACACAGUCGGCGAUGGAGGAAGUGAUCGCGAGCCAGAUACAACAUGGCACGAUAAGUAGUCUUAUCAACGCAACCUUCCGGAGCAGGUAUCUCCCCGGUAACUCGAAUCAGUGAGGUACGUUCAAGUAUAACUGGGAUUGGCGCCUAGGUACUUUUUUUUUCUGCGUUGUGUUUUUGCUUCUGGUAAUUUUCAUGGACGCUUCUUCGCUCAGGUAGUCGGUCAGGAACGGAUCGGUUGGGCUAGGUUAGGGUUAAUCCGGUUCGGUGAAACUGGACAAGGGCAGGCGGUAUGAUAUGUACGGCGUUUAAGGGGUUUAAUCUUGGUGAGGGCAGGUGUUUUGGAAGAUUGGGCUAGAUUGAACUUGAACUUGACUGGCUUGCGCCUAGGUAUGUGAGGUACGCAUACAAUAUCAUUACGUAUUUGCGUCAGAAUAGAUAUUAUUACAGUAUUACACCCGGACUGGAAAGUAAUCGAUGAUAGUUAUACCUA